AUGCCUAAGGGUAGCGGUAGGAAGAGUUCUACAGAAUGGACCGAAGUUUUAGAAUCCCGUAGUAAAAGUAGAGUCGUUUGCAAAUACUGUCAAAAAGAAAUUAGCAAAAAAGUUGAGAGAGUAAGAAGUCAUUUAAAUAAAUGUAAAAACAAAGGUGCGAGUACAAGCAAGAAAAAUGUAGAAGAUGUAGAAAGCAUGAGCAUCAGCAGCGAUGAUGAAGAUCGGGAAUUAGAACAUGAAAACAAAAGUAAACAAGAAAAUGGAGAGAACUUGGCCACGUUAGCGAAAAAUAAGAAUUUAGACGAGUUUGUGAUAAAAACCACUGUUGAACAAAAAGAAAAAAUAGACAAAAUGGUAGCAAAAUUUUUCUUUGGUUGCAACAUUGCAUUUAAUGUUGCAGAACAAAAAACAUUUAAAGAAAUGAUAUCUGUACUUCGCCCAGGGUAUAUUGCUCCUAAUAGAAAGCAAUUAUCCGAAAAAUAUCUUCCACAAAUUUGCACAGAUAUAGAAAGUUUAUUAAAAAAAGAAUUGGAAUAUACUAGUGUAACUUUAAUUUUAGACGGGUGGUCAAACACAUCCAACGAUGCGAUUAUUGCGAGUUCCAUACACACAGGCCAUGGCGUGUAUUUAAUAGAUGCUGAGGAUGCUGGAACUAAAAAAAAGACGUCUGAGUACUGUGUUGAAGUUGCUAAUCGAGCUAUAGACCUUAUAAAAGAAUUGUAUGGUAAGACUGUAUUUGCAUGUUGCACAGAUAAUGAGAAUAAAAUGAAGAGAAUGAAGCAAAUUUUAAGUGAAACAAAAGGAAUUGUUACAUAUGGCUGUUCGGCUCAUUACAUGAACUUGUUGUACAAGGAUAUAAUCCCUACAAACUUGACUAAACAUAUCAUCGAAUUACAAAAGUUUUUUAGGAACCAUCACCAACCUCAUGGAUGGUUAAAGGAGAAAGGGGGAGCCAUGCCUCAAAUCCCAAAUGAAACGCGUUGGAAUUCUUAUGAAGAUUGCUUAAAAACUUUUAUAUCAAAUUACCAUUUAUACAAUCAAAUAAGAAGUGAGCAUUUGGAGGAUUUUAAAAGUUAUGCAAAUAUUAACGCUAUAUUAAAUAAUGUAGCUUUAUAUUCGGAAGCAGUUGAGUUGGAAAAACAGUUGUCAAUUUUAUCAACUAGCUUAGAUAAAAUGCAGAGUGACCAAAGCUUUCUGACUGAUGCUGUCGUUUGUUGGAACAACUUGCUAUCAAAUGAAAAUUUUGCUAAUAAUAACAACCACAAAGAAAAUAUAAAAAAAAUGUUUAAAUAA